ACACAUUAAAGGACUGAACUGGGUCCUGACGGUUGCUUUGGUUGUGUGUGUUCGGCUGGGAGCUGGAAAGCUGCAGCCGUGAUUGGGUAAAAUAGGAACCGCGUCCCACCUCGGAACGGAGAUGCUGACCACAAACAGCGGUGUCAGGACCAGCCUGUGGAUUAUUUUCCUCUGCAGCUCAGGUGUCUGUGCCAGGAGGCAGCACGCCGAUGCUGAUGAGUCCUGGUCGGAGACCGUUUCCAGGGCCAGGUGUGCGUCGCGAUGCCUCAGCUUGCACAGUGUAGCGGCGCUCUCGAUUCUGCAGUCUCGUCUUCAGAAUAACGGAUCCUUGGGCUGGUGUCAUAAUCAUAAACAGUGUGCAAAGUGCCUGGAGCCCUGCAGAGACUCCUGGGAGAUGAAGGGGAAAGGCAACUGCAGAGAGUUAUGUGAGCGGGUGUUUCCCAGAAAGCACUGGGAGUGCGGGACCAGCUGUGAGUUCCUUCACUCUGUGCUGACGGUGAAGCAGGGCAGCUGUCCACCUCCACAGAGAGCCAGUGGUUUUGCUGCUGCCUGUGUGGAAAGCUGUGAUCACGACAAAGAAUGCUCUGCUCAGAAGAAAUGCUGCUCUAACAGCUGUGGCCACACCUGCCAGACUCCCAGUGACAUCUACAAGGGUGCUCCUCUGAAGCCAAGGAAGGAGCUAGCCUUUGAAGAAGUGUCUUCUGGCCAGCUGGAGGUGCACUGGUCAUCGCGCUUCAACAUCUCGGCCGAGCCUGUAGUCUACGUUCUGCAGAGGAGAUGGAACUUUGGCAUCCAGCCCAGUGAGGACACUGCUACAUCGUGGCAGGUGGCUGCACAGACGACGGAGCAGAGAGCGAGGCUGUCAGACAUCCGGCCCGGUCGCUGGUACCAGUUUAGAGUGGCAGCCGUUAACCUUCACGGGACCAGAGGUUUCACCACGCCCAGCAGACAUUUCCACUCAAGCAGAGAUCCCUCCAAUCCUCCUGCUCCUACUGAGCUGAGAGUAGCAAAUAUGAGCUUUGGUCCUGGGAGCACAGUGGUAACCAGGAUUGAGUGGAGCAUGCCUCCUGACCUGGAUGUUCCCAUCCACCACUACAAGGUCAGUUGGAGCUGGACUGCAGCUGGACAUUCUUCUGCCUCAUCCCUGACCAAGAGGAGGAAGACGGUCAGAAAGAGCCAGGUGGAGCUGGACAGCAUGAGGACCAACAGGAGCUACAGUGUGGAGGUUCAGGCUGUGUCUUACUGGGGACAAACUCAGCUCAAAGGACCGCGCGCUGUCCUCCACUUCACCACGCAGCAAACCACGAAUGCUCCCAGAAGCCCUACAGGUGACGUCCUGGAUGUGGGGACACCGUUCUACCAGGACGGAGAGCUCAGGGUUCAUGUUUACUGGCAGAGAAGCGUGGACCCUUUGGUUGAAUUCUACAGAAUCCAGUGGGGACCUGAACACUGCGGACACAACCAGACCAGACCUAUGGAGAAGACCAGUACAAAGGAGAGCUUUAUCAGCCUGCAGGGCUUACUCUUCUCCUGUAAGUAUAAAGUCCUUCUGCAGCCAGUCAGCAAGACGAGUCAUCCUCUGGCAGAAAGCACCAGCUUUCAUACACCUUCCUGCGCCACCAUCCAGGCCAAGAGUCCAACACCUGUCAACUGUCCCAGAGAAACCGCUGUGAAUCUUCAGAAAGUCCUGGUGAAACCAACCAACCUGAUUGCAUCUUUUGAGGUCCUGGGUGGCAAUGUGACAGCUAUCUUUAGCUGGGAUAUAUCUAUGACUUCAUCCCACCAGCAGCUAACUGGUUACCAGGUUACCUGGGCAGAAGUCAUCUCAACUAACCGCAACUACAACGUCAAGCUGCCUCGCACCUUGAUCUCCCAGUCCCAGAUCCUACCUCCGGAUGGUAAUGUUCUAGUGGUGUCAGGCCUACACCCUGCUAGUUUGUACAGGCUGGAGGUACAUGCCAUCACAACAGAGGGUGAAGGUCCUACAACCAGGAGAACCUUCCAGACCCCUGGAUACCAAAGCACCUUACUGCACAGAUCAAGGCUGAGGAAGCAUCCUGAGCAGCCAAUCACUGACAGGCACUGAGACCAGACGGCCUCAUGAACCGAGUUUCCAAAACUAUAAAGAAGAAUCCACAGAGCAGCGAUCCUAACUGACAAAUGCCAGCUUGUCAGUUACAACAAGACAACAAGUGACAACUGACAUCCCUCCCUGCAGUAUCCCCUAAUGGACCGAAGCUGCUGUCAGUGAAACUAACAGAACCACACCUAGAUUUCUUUCCUUGCUCUCUCCUUUGAAUCCAGCUCAGUCCGUGUUUGCAAUAUGUAAUAAUAACAUGUUCACUACUGUAGUGGUGGGUCAUGACAGAAGUCAUUUCAUAACAGCGUGGCAACUGGGUGGCCAAACCUCAGAUCUAUUGUAGCUUGUAAUCCAGCUUUGAACUUGUUUUAAAGUUGACCGCUUUAAUCACUCUGUCACAGCAUUGUGCUGGAAAUGGUUAUGUUUUUAAUACAGUCAUUAAAAUUGGAAAUUUACUUAACCCUCAAGUAAGCAUGUAUACAACAUAUUUAAGUAAAAGUAUGGAUACAACUCUCACCAACAGGAAGAUAAACAAAACGCUCUCUUUGUGUUUUCAGUUCUUUUUACUUCUCAUUGCUACAGUUAUAUGUAACAAAACAAAUAAAUAAAAACAUGAGUCUACAAUGACAUCAGAGAUGAAAAAGACAUGUUAACGUCUUUCACUGAGGUUUCUCCAUAAACUCAUAUUAGCUGCCACUGACAGACGAACACUAACAAUCACUGAUAAUAAAUUGGAUCCUAAUAGCUGGAUCUUAAUUAAAGCAUGCCUGGAAGGAUGGGAUUUGAGUUCAGGAUUAGUUUACUGAAGUGUACUAAGGUCCGAUUCACCCUCAUACAUGGACUGAAUGUAAUUCCAGGAAACAAGAGAGUGAGAAAAUAACCUGAAUCUAAAAUCUGCAAUGUUAGUUAAAUACACUGAAUCUGAUCAUCCAUUUAAUGACAACUGAGUGCUUCAGCUUCUGUUAACAUCAUUUUAAAAUAGUAAAAACAGCAUGAGGUAAAUAAAUGAUAACUAACAUUUGUUUGUUUUUUUUAAAUGAAGGUUUCAAAUUGGCCAACCUUUUUUCAGGGGCAUCAGUUACUAUAAUUGUUGCAUUUCAGAGGUAGACAUGAGUCACUGCCAGCCUGUAAAACAAAGCAAAUGUCGCGUCUGUGUUGACAGCUUUGCCUCCUGCACCCUUCGCCCGCCCUUAAGGAUGAAUUUGCCACUUUCAAACAGGAUCGUUUGCUCCUGGUGUCCAACUUUUCAGUGGCCAGUGUCACCAUCACUACGGGAGACCUUGUGUGUACAUGUGACAGCAGGUGUAGGUGACAUGGCUGGGAAUGCCCAGCUCUUAUUCCAGGCUACAGCUUUAACAGUUUUGAUACAACUGCAUGUAAUAAUAGAAAUUAAUGUCAGUGGUGCCAUUAAAAGCUCUUGCAACUUAUUUUCUAAAAAGAUUUGUUGUUUUAUAAAUGACAUGUUGCUCCUCCCACUCUCUCUUUAAAUGCUGUAUAUACUUUGUGUCUCUAUUUAUUGGUUGUGGUAUAUUUGUGCCUGGACUGUUACACCUGUGUUGUAUGUGUGUGCACACAUUUGUUCACCUCUCUGUGCAAAGAUGGUUUUAACUACAGGUACAUGUCAAAUACAGCGUGCUGUACCCAUGUAGUGUUUUGAUUUCUUUUUUCUCUGCACUCCUGAUUCGUUCCUCAGUAUUUAGCCAUAGAAUACAGAAUGAUGGUGUAACCAAGGCUUAUUCAUGUGGACAGAAACAAAGCUACGAGAAAACAAAUGGUUGUACUCCAAAUGUGGUUCUAUUGUUCUUGAAGUGUGUACAGGUAAGAGUAAAACGUCUCAUUGCCAGUAUCAGCUGCUGUAUGUUAACAAAACUCAGUUUAUUUCCAUGAUGAAGUGUUGUGCUACAGAUGGCUGCAUACAGACACAGUGUACAUUGAGUCUGCUUGGAUAAAAUCAUAAGAGCAUGUUUUCUUUCCGUUUACCACAGUAAACAGAGCCGCAGAGACAAAGACUGGCCAGAGGAGGCUGGUUUAGUGCAGGCCUGCACUGAGAGUGUAAGUCUAAGGCUAUGAAGAAUAUUUAUCAUAGUUCAGACCAUAAACAAUAAAAAAGAUGCACCUAGUCACCAUAAUGUCACCCUUUUAUGUAUUUGUGGUUGUGUUAAUCCAUAUGCAUGUCCUUUACUCUGAGUGAUUGGAGCAGCCACAUGCAGAACAACAAACAACAGUGGACACUGUGUGCAACUAUAACGCAGAAAGGACACACAAAAAUGACCUGACAUGUGAUUCAUUUUUCCUGGUUUGCUACAGAGUUACUUAAUAAAACUACCUGCCAGAUAAAAGAUAACAUACAUGAAUCAAAUGUGUUUAUGUGAAAAACAAAAAUGUGUUAAACAUAUAAAUAUUAAUUAAAAGCACUGAAGUGUCUUAUAAUGCUCUUUAAAAACAUGCCUGGUUACACAUGCUUACAUGUUUUGUCAAUACAACCUGAAACCUAUUAAUGUGUAAAAUAAAUAAAUAAUAAAUGAAUUAAAUACA